CGGCGGCGGCAGCGGCAGCAACGGUAUCCUACCAGCUCUUCUUUCUCAAAAAAACAUCGCUCAUCAAAACUUGUGAUGGCCUAAGUGAAAGUUCAACUACAUGAACCCACGUAGACCACAACAUGACCCAAGAAUACUAAGAAUGUAACCCAAAUCUUGACAAAAUUAGAAGAUCUAAGGAAGACAGCCCUGCUAACCCAAACACUGCCUCCGCUGCCAAACAACCACUUAACCCAAGCUCCGAGAAAACAAGCCUUCUCCAUUGCUACACAGUAUCUACUUCAGUGAUACUAUGAAAGGAUAUCGCAGAAGAAACAACACCAGUAAUAAUAGAAUAACAGCAAGGACCCUUGAACUCAACUUGUCUACCCAGCAUGACGCCGGUGUAUCAUCAACCCCCCUCACCGCCGCCACCCAGGGAACAACAACAAACAUGGCUGACUCCCCCUCCAACUCCGCUCCCUUCAAAGGAUUCACCCAUGAUAACUCAGCUGUGAUGGAUGAUACUGUGAUAUUAAGUGCAAAGACCUGUCAACUAGUGCAAUCAGCAUUUGAGGAGGAAAAAUGUGCUUUCAAAAGAAGAUGUCUCAUCAGACUUUAAAAAAUGGAAACUAAUGGUCUAAUGUGUUACGGUGUUUCUGCACUGGAAACAUUUUUAACGAGUAUUUACUGAUAUACAUAUUAAAAAUUAA